CCGUUGGCCUGGCGAGUGGUUUAUCUGCGUUUUCCUCCGGUGGUGCGGUGUGCUGGCGAUCCUAACGGAGGUGCUGUGCCCCGCUCGUGGCUGUGUCUUUCGAACGUAUGUUUUCCAGACUUCCUUAGGAAUUCUGUCCAGCAUGUUUUCUGGGUGGAACUGGGCGGUCCAUUGCUUGUAUCUGUUUUUGAAUAUUUGUUCCUUUGAAGUUUCAGGUGGACUUGUACAAUCAUGUGGUCACAUCAUUCCAGAGUCUCCAGUGUUGGCCAUGGGUUCCAAUUUCACAGCAUUGUGCAUUUUGAAUGAGAGUUGCCUUGACUUUGGCAAUAUAUAUGCUAGUCAGAUUAUAUGGAAAAUGAAAAAUAAGGUGGUACCUAAAGAACAAUACCGUGAAAUAAACGUAACUGUUUCUAGUGUCACAUUUAAUGACACUUCUUCUCUGGCUUCUCCACUGACAUGCAACGUUUUAGCAGAUGGACAGAUUGAGCAGAAUAUUUAUGGAAUUUCAGUUACAGUAGGCUUGCCCCCAGAGAAGCCUGAAAACUUGAGUUGUAUUGUGUAUCAGCUGUCGAAUCUCAGAUAUCCUAUGAACUGUACCUGGAACCCUGGAAAUCAUACAUUCCUGGACACUCAUUUUAGGUUGAAAUACAGGUGGUCACGAGAAAGCUUUCCUGACUGCAUACCGAAAUCUGUAAAUAAUUCUUGUACCAUUUCUGAUGUUCAGUUCUUUGUUAACCUGGAGGUCUGGGUAGAAGCGGCAAAUGCUCUUGGGAAGGCUGAAUCUGAACAUCUUGUUUUUGACCCCAUUGAGAUUGUCAAACCACUGCCUCCACACAACCUAUCAGUCAACUCAGGAAUACUGCCUACUGUUCUGAAGCUUUCCUGGGAGAACCGGAUUUCAGCAGCUGUGAUGAAACUGAAAUUCAAUAUUCGCUACAGGAUCAGUAGUGAUACAAACUGGAUGCAGGUUCCUCCUGAAGAUACAGCUUCACCAAGGACUUCAUUCAGCAUUCAAGGCCUCAGACCUUACACAGAGUAUGUCUUUUCAAUUCGAUGCAUGAAGGAAGAUGGAGAAGGGUUUUGGAGUGACUGGAGUGAAGAAAAAGUUGGGGUUACAACUGAAGAUAAACCGUCUAAAGGGCCAACCGUAUGGAGGACCAUUGAUGCAUCUCCUUCACCAGCUUUUUGGACUGUACGACUGAUGUGGAAGGCACUAGAGCCAUUUGAAGCCAAUGGAGUGAUCUUGCAGUAUGAAGUGACUGUCAGAGCUAAACCACCCCUCUCCCAUCCGCCAUGGAGGUACAACGUUACUACCACAAGCCUUACAUUAAAGCUGCCAAAUGGAACUUACGAAGUGACUCUGAUUGCACAUAACAGAGUUGGGGCAUCCCCUCCAUCAGUUCUGCUUAUUCCAUCAAGUAAUUCAAAAGCUCCUGUGAGGAAUAUUAGAACACUACCUAAAGAUGGCAAAUUGUGGGUAGGAUGGACUGCUCCUAAUAAUGUUCUUAAAUACGUAAUUGAAUGGAGUCUGAUGUCUAACAGCUCAGGUGGCAUCACAGAGUGGCAGGUAGAACCAGGAAGCAUUCAGGGAACAUACUUAAAAGGUGACAUUAAGCCAUUCAAGUGUUACUUGAUAACUGUGUACCCUCUGUAUGCUGAUGGCCAGGGAAGUGGACAGUCUGUGAAGGCUUACCUUCAGCAGGAUCGUCCUUCAAAAGGACCAACUGUUCAGACAAAAAAAGUAGGAAAAGCUGAAGCUGUUUUGACAUGGAACCAUCUCACAGUAGAUGAGCAAAAUGGAUUCAUCAGAAGUUACACAAUACUGUACAAAACUGUCGAUGGAAAUGAAACAGCUGUGUCAGUGGAUCCAUCCAAGACAGAGUAUACCCUCUCUUCUCUAACCAGUGACACACUGUAUACUGUGCGGAUGAUGGCAUACACAGAUGAAGGAGGCAGAAGUGGUCCUGAUUUUACUUUUACUACACAGAAAUUUGGGAGAGGAGAAAUUGAAGCCAUAGUUGUACCUGUGUGUCUAGCAUUCCUGUUGAUUGUACUCCUUGGAGUUUUGUUUUGCUUCAACAAACGUGACUUAAUUAAAAAGCAUAUCUGGCCUAACGUCCCUGAUCCAUCCAAGAGUAACAUUGCUCAGUGGUCCCCACAAGUUCCAGCUAAGCACAACUUUAGUUCUAAAGAUCAGAUGUACCCAGAAGGCAGUUUCACAGAUGUGAGCGUCGUAGAAAUAGAAGCUGAUGACAAGAAGUCUUUUUCAGAACAAGAUCUAAAACCUUUUGAUUUGCUCAAAAAGGAAAAAAGUACUUCAGAAGGGCACAGCAGUGGUAUUGGAGGAUCCUCAUGCAUGUCUUCUCCUAGGCAAAGCGUCUCUGAUAGUGAUGAAGGUGAAACUACACAGAACACUUCAAGCACUGUGCAGUAUUCAACUGUAGUACUUAAUGGCUACAGAGAUCAAACACCUGUACAAGUCUUUUCAAGGUCUGAAUCUACUCAGCCUCUGCUAGAUUCAGAAGAGAGAUUAGAGGAUCAUGCUGGAGGGAGUGACGGUAUGCCACAAAGGCAGCAGUAUUUCAAACAGAAUUGUGGUCAGGAUGAAACCAAGACAGACAGGCCAUUCUUGGAAAGAGCAAAGCAGAUUAUUUCUGCUAAUGAGGAGGAUCUCGCUGGGUUUGCACAACUGCAGAUCUCAGGUCAGAGAUCUCUAGGCUUCGAUCUGGAAGAAGAUACACAGGAAGCUCCUCUGCCGGAUGUUUUGCAGACAAGUACUGAAGGACAAACUGUGAGACCUGAAACAGUGGAGGGAAACGUACCAUCAGUUGAUGAAAUGCCAAAAAGUUACCUCCCGCAGACUGUGAGACAAGGGGGUUAUAUGCCUCAGUGAGAGAAGAGACUGGCUAUAUUAGGCCUUCGUUAGUGCCUGUUCACAUUUUUUUUUCCUGUGUUUCUGAUAAAUUAAGCUAGGUAUUUUUAUCUGAAUGCAGAUAGAAAUAUUGAAAUUAGGUGAAGAAUAAUUUGACAAAGUACAAUAAGGACUAUGUUUCCGUGGAAAAUCUGCAGUCCAGACCUACUGGAGACUUACUUUUAUGCACUACAUGAAAUCAUAUUUGUCUGAAAAGCUGAACAAGCCUAUGUGCUACCUUGCUUUUUGUCUUGUCAUAUCCGAUUUACGUAUGAUUGAAAAUAGCAAGUUUCAGUUAAUCACAUUGGCCAACAGACCUCCUAGAAGAAAUACUUUGAUUUGUGACAGUGUACAAGCCUAAAAAGCCAGCUUUGGUUGCUUGGAGCAUCUUUGUGCAAAAAUGAGACUGAAGUUCAGUAUUCUAAAGCAUAAAAAUACUGUAUCAUACACUUUUCAACAGCUUGAUUAACCUUCUGAAUUGACUUGGCCCAGUGUCACAGUUUCGGACUUACCAAACUCAAGUGUGCAAGUCAUGCAUCCCCAUUUAAAACCUACAUAGAAGUUGUGAUGGUGUGCAGGUAAAAAAUGCUAUGAUUGCUUGACUCUGAGUGCUACCAUAGUCACUGAUACUCCUUCUGUAUUUAGAUACGCUUGCACAUGAAGUGUAUAAUAAUUUGGCCUAGAAGUGUGCCUUGCUAUUGGAUGCACAACAGUUCAGCCUUUGUGUUUAAAUGUUGAAUCCAGAUGAAAAUGCAGACGAGGAAUCAGUCAAAGAUUUUUGAACCCCAGUCGCUUCCUGAUGACACUGCAUCUCUCCGGUCAUGUUAAUUGCCUUUGUACAGUAUGUGCCCCCUUGGCAGUGUACUGCUUGAGAGAUAAAUAAUGGGCUGACGGAUUUCACAGUCCCUAUAACUGCUCAGGAGAAGGGGAAUAGGAUCUUCUUCCUGACUGACUAUGAAGAUACAGGACAGGACAGAAUUACAGGACUUCCUUGAAAGAGAACAUAGCAAAAACCAAAGCGCUCAAGUCGUUGAAUGCUCAGGGGGAGAAAGAAAAAAAAAAAAAAAGCAACUACCCUGAAAUUGACAGUUACUGACAAUAUGAAUCUGUUAUCCAGCAUAAUCCACAGAUAAUAUCUGUGGCUGCUAAAAUUCCUCGUGUCUCAGUUCACCCUGUUCAGAUGGUCUGUGCUUUAUUACAGGUACAUACAAUUGCAUUAAUAUAGCCCUCUUCCCUAAUGAUGAAAUUUUACGACACUCUUGUAGAUGUUUUUCUUAACUUAGUCUAGUCAGCUUUUCUAACUUGACACUAAUAACCUUCAUUCAAAACACUACAUGCUGUUCUGUGAGAACAAAAAGAGAGUUUUAAUUCUCCUUCAGCAGAAGGGAGACCUCCAGAACCUUUCAGUGCUGUGAUACAUGGUGCUGCUGUCCUGCAGAGUACUUACUAAAGGCCUUUGAAGAACAGAUGGAAGUAUGAUGUUCACCUCUCAUGCUUUUGUUUCAAAGAAACAGUGCUAGUGUGAAUUCAGAAUAUGCUAUUUGGGCUACUCAAAACAGAGUUCUUAAACUUCAAUAACAUUCAACAUUCUGCAGUUCCUUUCUGCUUACAGUAUUUUUCAUGUAUGGGCACUUUUUUUAAACUAAAAUGUGACGUUGCAGGUUACUGUAACUGUACUUUUCUUCAGAACAGAUCACCUUCCUUCCUCCCUAUGUCACCUCAGCACAUUCAGCCUCUUCUUGCAGCUGUCAUGAGGCAGAGGAGGAUGUGUCUGAUUUUUCAAAGGCUGGAGGAGCAUUCUUGUUGUCAGAAUUUCCUCUUGGAAAAUGGCAGCAGUGAGUUUGUGCAUGGAUGGAUGUGUCUUCUUCAGUCAAACUUCAUUGUGGCCAUGGAAACCAUGAGUAAAAGGGAAAGUCAGUGUGCAUGCUUGCUCGAAGUGCCCUACAGCCACAUGCUGUCUCAUUCACCUUCUGCUGAUCUCUGAAAUGUUUUGUGCUGCAAUUUUUAUGGCCACAGUCUGGCUGCUUAGCUUGAAUGAGUGUUGCUUUAAACAGGCUAUCUUUCAUCUGUGAUCCAGCAAUACUAACUUUCAGUAACAUAUGUUAUAUCUGAGAGACCACUUCAGUUGUUCCUAAAGUUAGUGUUCUCUUUCCCUCAUGUAGAGGGAAAGCAUUUUGUUCUCAGUUGCUGUUAACCAUGAACCAUUUCCAAAGUAAGUUAAAUUUUGAAGUGAUUCCCUCUUUUCGGGGGGUCAGUGGUAAUGAACUCACAUAGUUGUGCAGAAUAUCCUGGCAUGGGUUCUGUGUGGCAGAUUCACUUUCUCUCUUUCUGUCUCAUGCAUGCAUCUAGGAAUAAAAUUGCGAAGACGAAGCAGGAGAUACUUGUGGGUGAACAGCUUACAGAAGCCACAGAAAGUCUGAGUAACAGGUUUGCUUACAACUUCAUAAACCUUUGUGCCAAAGUGCUGUGUUGUACAGCGUUUGGGUUUAACGUUUUGUACUUAGUAUGCAUUACAGCAACAGAGCUGUAUCUAAGAGUUGCACGCAGGUUUUAGAGGGUACGUAAUGCAUUUUAUCAAGCCACUGAAAUUCUCCGAAUUUGGCCUCAACAUGAUAACUAAAGGAAAAGCUUUUUUUUCUUUUAAUAACUAUGGUGCACUUUACUAAAUAAAAGCAUUAAUAAAAUAAAAUUAUACUUUACUAUUGACACUUUAGUGCCCAUUUUGAUUACCCAGACUGGAAUUUUUCAAGUAGGGAGGGGAUAAUGGGUGAGAAAAGCAUUCUGCUUCCCUUCUACAGCAGGUAGGCGUGGUGAAUAAGGAAAUGUUUCUCCUGUAUAAUCACACUUGGAGCUGCUUUCAGGCGCAGACUAACUCUUCCUCUGUUUGCAAGAAAAGUACUUAUGUUAUUUCUGUAGUGAUGAUCAGUGUGCUCUGUUAGAACAGGAGGUUGGUGGAGUUGAUGCUGUGGCUGUGUUGGCUUGUUUCCAUGGCACUUGGCAUGGGAAUAUCUUCUGUUGCAGUGAAAAAGUCUUGGGGUUGUGUUUCUGCUUACUGUUUUAAGCUAAACUACCUGCUAAGCAUCAGGCUAACAAGGGCGAAGGACAGCAGAGCAGAAAUGUUCUUAAAUUAGCUUAGGAUUAUCUGUGUGACAGCAGCCCAGCCAAGUGAUAAUUUAUCCAGAUUUGCAGAAACUUUGGCCAUAUCACUGGGGCACAGGGCCAAGUGUCCCCGUGGCUGCCCCUUGCUCACAAGGGCUGUUGUUCUCAACACUGGGAGAGCCCCUAUGCCUGCCCCAGGGUUUGGCAGCUUAGGCUUUGACUGUAAAUUGCGAGCACCACCAGAUGGCUGUGUGAGCACACUGAGGGAGUGUGGGAGUCGUGCUGCUUUAACUUAGGUAACAUAUCUAAUUAAUGCCAGGUCUUAAAUAUCUAAGACUCACAUCAGUAUACACUGCUAUCCUAUUGACUUCACAAUAGGAUCUAGAAAUUCAGAGCAACUCAGAACUGGUGUAGUCAGCCCCUCCAGGAUGUGUAUGCAUUCAGUUGUGAUUUAUAUGCAUUAAAAGGGACUAAAUAGACCAGUUUGUCUUCUGUGAGACGGUUUUGUGACUGAGACUAAGAGCUACUUAGGUACAUUCCUUGAAGUGCAUUAAAAAGUUCCACUGAUGGCUGGAUCCUAAAAAUUCCCUGCUUCCCUAUAAAUGCUGAUCUCUUGGCUAGAUGGAUACGUACAGGCAUUUUAUAUUCCUGUAUUUGCCUUUAAUGUUAUUUGGAAGCAGUUUAUAACAGCAGAAUUAUCAUGUCACCUGUGGCGGAGCAGCCCGCUGGCGAUCACCUGCCCUCAGUAUUGCAGGGAGCCUGGUGCAGGAGUCUGGAGCAUGGCAGAAUCACAUACUCUCCAGCUGAUCCUCCAACUCCCGUUUCUUUUCCCUAAAAGUGAAAGGAUUCGUUAAGAUGAAGCUAGAACGUGUGUAUCUGCUUUCUCUGUCGUUCCCUUCAUAGCACUUGUGCAAUCUGAGCCAUUCAUAAGACAGAGCAGUGCUGACUCUGUGCGCAAGGAUGCACAUCAAGGCCACAGGACUUGUUGCAGACUACUCUAAUGACUACGGCCAGAGCGCGGUGGAGUGGGCAGUGAAAACUGACGGUGUGCAGUGAGGGGCAGGGUGUGUGUGUGCAGGGACAGCUUGGUGGUGGACGCAGGCAAUGACAUCGCGGAUGUGCUGCAGGAGCACGCCUUGGUGAUCAGUGAGAAAUGAGUGCGUGGCUCUGCUGGCAGUGGCCGGCUGCAGUGCAGCUUCCUUCUGCCCUGACCUGCACCAAAUGCACUGCGCUUCUGGAACUGCUGACUGUGGAACUGCUCCCAGCAGCCACUCUUCACAGCAAAGCACAUUCAUUCGUGGAUCCGCUUGGCUCACCGUGGCCUUUUUAAUGGACUGGACUCAUUCGAUGUCACGCAGUGGUGGGCAGUCUGCUCCUCACGUGCUUCUUGUGGGGCAGAAUGGAUAAGGGUGUACUUGAGGUUAUGUCACCAUGUACAUCUCGGUAAGCGUAGUCGUAAGACAUGGGGAUAUUUAACAAGGAAAGUGCCUUGAUGCUGAACACUUAGUGAAUGUAACGUUAAAUAGAUUUUAUUAUGUACCAUAUGGAGUUAACGGCUGCCUGAGCUACUGCUGAUGUGUAACCUCUGCCAGCUUUGAGCGCAUGCUGUGGCAGCCGGCUGAGCUGUGGGUGCGUGUGCUGUCGAUACAGAAGUGUUUUCACAGCACUAUGUCACCUUACUUCUUUUGCAAGCUGCAUGUUUAUUGUCAUAGAUGUAUUGUCAUAGGCUGCUUUCUACAAUUUACUUUUUACUGUAACGUUUGAAUGUCUUUGUUACCCAGCUGAGCCUGAACGUUGCAUUUGUCUACUACAUGAUAUUAAAAAAAACGAACAAAAUUCCAAA